AUGCAGCUGGAUCCCCAAAGCAGGGAAGCUACCCUCCGCAAUCAGGUAGACCUGGCACGGGGCUUCCCAUAUGGAGGUGGUCAUGCCGGUCAUGGUGGUUAUGGAGGUGGAUACAUCAACCAAAACCCGAACAACAAAGUCCUGAGCCCUCACUACGGGGGCAGCUUUGGAUAUGGGGGCCACGGUGCUCGGGGCGGCUCUCCCUUUUCCCACUCGGUUCAGGCAAUGGGCAUGCGUCCCUCUGACAGGUCCAGAGGGUUUGGACGCAGCGCGGUGGUGGCAGCAGCUGGAGGGGCGGUGGUAGGGAUGGCCCUGGGCUACGGGCUAGGGAGGUUCCCCCGUCCUCCCUUCAGCUUCCACAACCGCCACGAAGAGUAUUACUACAACCACUACAUGUACAAGAAAUAUGGAGCCAAAUCUACUGAUACCAACGACUACAGCAGAGACUACAAGUACAGCCAACCCCCUCAAACAUACGACAGCUACAUGGACUCCUGCAUGAAGAAGACCGACAUUCUACCGGCGGAGAACCAAAAGCAAAACAACAACCCGUCUGCUACUACCACAACUACAACUACUGCGCUCGCCUCAGCUCCAGACACUGGAUCAGCCAGCAACACAACGGAGACCAACGGCACUGCAGCAGAUAACUCCUCGACCUCCGCACCAUCAACUCCACGCCCUCUAAAUCAGCCUGCAGUUGAUCCUGAGCCUUCGGCUUCACAGGGAGUCAGCAGCGCUGAAGAUGACGAUACCGUCAGCAUUAUGGAGAUCGGCUACCCGGCACUGAUCGAGCAGGUGAAGGCCAGGAGAUGUGUGGAGCUGUACAUGGUCUUCUCUGAAAAGUACCUGAGGCCGACCAAUGGGGCGCAGCGACUGGAGACGGGCUGGCUGGGGUUUGCAGCCGUGGUCACCAGUACUACACUGAUGCUACUGAAUAGCAACAUGCUAAAGUUGCUCCACUGA